CCUCUUAUUGUAUAAACAAAUAAGCAAUGAGUCAAAGUGGGAGGGAAAAGAAGGAACGGGGAGGAGAUGGAGUUUGAUUAAGAAGAGUUAUGUGCUCUCACAAGGGUGGGAAAAAUUAUAUAAGCAAUACCAACAACAAACUCGGAGAAUUAGAGGUGGACCCUACCGAGUUGCAGAGCCGCCUACAACAAUGAAUCAUUUAAGUCCCAACUGCCAAUGGUUAGUAAAUUUUGAGGCAAUUUCUUCUCUAGAAUCAACUGUUAGAUUCCACAAACCCAAACUUUUGUUUCUUAUAGAAACAAAGUUUUCAGAGGAUGGUUGGGAAAGGUGCAGAUUAUGUAAGUUUCUUACGAUGGCGAACGAGUUGCGAAUGUCAGGAAACAUGGCGUCUCUACCUCUUAUGGAAGAAGAAAAUUAAGUUGGAAGUGAAGUCAAGUUCUCGAAACCACUUUGAUUCUAAAAUUGAGGGGGAUGAUAGCAGAAGAUGGUGGCGAUUCACAAGUGUGUAUGGAUAACUUGAAAGUGGGAAUCAUUCUCGUACACAAGAGCUUUUGAGGAGACUUCAUGAAGGUAGAGAAAAUACAGGCUAUGUGUAGGGGUUUUCAAUCAAAGUGGUUUUCACCAUCUUCCCGUUGUCAUGGACCUAAAAGGAGAUAAAGGAGAAUAAAUUAAACGGGGAACUUAUUUUAGAUUUAAGUCAUUUUGGCCGAAGGAGGAAGAAAGUAGGGAUAUUGUACGACAAACCUCUAGAGAGAUUGGAGUAUGGUAUCUUAUAAAGAAGUCUAAAUAAAUAUCAUCAACCUUAGUGACUGGCGUUAGAUAAUUUUUUUUGGAAAUCCUGAAGAGGAUAGCUCAUAAUCACAAGGAAGGAUAUUUGGGUGAUGAAAUCUCAAAUCAAAGACAAUACUUGGAGAUCAACAAAAAGAGGUGUGUAGUCGAUAAAAUACGAUAAUAAUUAAAAAAGGGUAAAUGACAAGUUUGGUCACUGGGAUUACUAAAAAUGUUCACGUUUGGUCACUAGAAAUAUUUUAUUCCAUGAGGAUAAUCGGCUAGACUACUAUGAGCCAGAGUAUGUAAAUGGUUCAUUGAGGACCCCUCAGGAGGUGAUUGAAGAAGGUUCCAAGAGAUGGGAACAUAGUCUUGUAGGCCAAUUCAUCGAUCGUCCAGCCUCGGUCUCUUCGAUUCGUUAUUGGGCCAACUGGAUUUGAAGGAAGGAUGGAAAAAUUCAGGUCUCGUGGAUGGAUUAGAAGCUUCUUCUGUUACAAUUUUUGAAUGCUGAGAUUUGUCAAUGGGUUUUUAGAAUGGUCCUUGGCAUCAUCUUGUGUUUCUUCGUCGAUUAGAGUUAUGCAUCAGUCCUCUUGCUAUUUAUAAAACAAUGCUGCCUAUCUGGGUUCAUCUUUACAACCUUCUGUCUGAGAUCACGUCCUAAGUUGGUUUAGGCAGGGUUGCAAGUUCCUCGAGGAAGCCUCUUUGUAUGGAUAAUUCAAAGAGAAAUGGUAGGAAGGUGGGUUUUGCUCAUAUCUGUAUUGAGGUUAAGUCCUUAAUCAAAUGGGUUACCAAACUCAAUAUUACUCCGGAUGGCUUGCCUGAAAUUUUUGUGGAUGUGGAGUACUGUAAUUUGCCUAGGGUUUAUGCGAAGUGUGGAUGUUUUGGGCAUGAUUGUUCGAUUCCUAUGGGUCCCAGUAAGCGAGUUUGGCAGGCUAGAAUUACCGUUAUUGGUGAGGUUGUUCCUAACAAGGUUGCCAAAGUGAAGGAAGUUGCUAAAGAAAAGAGUUUGGCUAUGGAUCUUGUUGAAGGUUGGGUGGAGACAAUUGGUGUUUUGAGGCGGGUGGAAACUGUUACUCCGCCACCAGAAGCAGGGUUAAUUACUGAUGAUAGGUUUACUUUGGUGGUUAAUCGUCGACAGAAGACUAAAGUUGGGCCAUCAGGUGUGAAUCAGGGUUUUAGGAGGUCUCGAUUGGAUGAGCAAUCGUUUCCAAGACUGCAGCAGAGUCGUUCGGGUAGUAGGAAUGUAGAUCCUCUCCCUUCUCUCCCAAGAGGUCGAGGUAGGGGGAGAAGAUAGGUAAAUGAAUAUCUUGAGCUGGAAUGUCAGGGACUUCAAUGCUCCUGAUAAGCACUUAGUUGUUUUAAAACAACUAAGAAAAUUAAAUGUAGAUAUAGUUGGUCUGUUUGAAACAAGAGUGUUAGAAGGUAAUAGCAAAGGAAUAACAAAGGGUAUUUUUUCGGCUAGGAAACAUAUGGAUAACUAUAUUAAGUCUAAGUCUCGGAGAGUUAGGAUUUUCUAGAAACCUUGAUUGAAAAUCACAUGCAUGGAAGAAGGUGAGCACUAUAUGAAAAUCUUGGUUGUUGAGCAGUCUCCUUUCAUUAUAUUGUUUGUAUAUAGUCCUAAUAAAGAGGUGGAGAGGAAGGAUUUUUAUAGGGAAUUGCUACGGCUUAAAGAGGGUACUAUACCUAUGGUCAUAAUGGGAGAUUUUAACGCCAUCAAUGAAGCCUCUAAUGUGGAGCUAAUUACUACUAGUAUGCUGGAUUUUUGGGUAUAAUGGUUGAAGGAAAAGGAGGAUAUGGACCAUAAGACUGCAGGGUCUUGGUUUACUUGGUGGAACAAGCAAAAAGUUAACCCUUGCUCGCAGCAUUGAGAGAAUUCUUGUCAAUGAACCCUGACUUGAUAUUUUCUUGUCAGUUCAGCAUACCCCCCCCCCCCCCCACCAGAUUUCAGAUCAUUGUGGUUUGUUGUUGCACAAUGCCCCCCAGUUGCAUAGCUUGCCUAAGCCAUCUAAAUAUUUUCUGUUUUGGCAAUCUCAUCCUCAGUAUCUGUCUAUCAUUAAAGAGCCAUGGAAGAAACCAUUUAGUGGAUAUCCACACUUUGUCUUUUACAGUAAGCUUGCCAAGGCUAAAAUUGGUUUAAAGAAACUUAACCGAGAGAUCUACCCAAAUAUUUCUGGUCGAGUUCGAGAGGCCGGAGUUGCUCUUGAGAAAGCUCAUAGUGUUGUUCUUCAAGAUCCUAUCCCACAUCUUGUUGAGGAGGACCAGAGAGUUAACUUGGUUUAUCAGGAGAUGACGAAAGCUAAAGAAUUGUUUUUUAAGCAAAAAUCUAAAUUUCAGUAUAUUCAAGAUGGGGAUUCCAAUACUUCCUUUUUCACAUAUAUGUUAAAAUUAGAACCCAGAAGCAGCAGAUUACGAGAUUACUUGACUCUCAAGGAAACAUGGUGGCUGAUGUACAAGGCAUUGGAUCAAUUGUUGUGGAUUUUUAUUUUAAACUGAUUGGAUCUGCAGAUCCAAAUGUCCAACAGCAUCCAGUAGCUUAUUUUUAGGUGCAGCUGAUUGUGAAGAGCUUAUAAAGGGGGUAUCAAGAAUGGAAAUUAGAAAUGUAUACUCGGAUAUGGGAAAGGGCAAAGCCCCUUGACAUGAUGGUUUUCCAGUGGAGUUUUACAAUGCUCACUAGGAUAUCAUUGGCAAAGAGGUGGAAGAGGUAAUUCUGAAUUUUUCUCUACUAGUCACUUAUAUUCUAUAGUAAAUUCUUCUAUAUUUGCUUUAGUUGCUAAAGUACCCUGUGCUGAACAUAUGAAAGACUAUAGACCCAUAUCUUGUUGCAAUGUCUUGUAUAAAGGGAUUUCUAAGUUGUUUACAAAUCGGAUGACUAAAGUUUUGCCUAACCUGAUAAGUGAGAGAUUAUCACAAAAAAGCAGUGUUAUUAAAACCAAGUGAGACCGGCCGGUCGGACUGGUAAAACCGACACUCGGUCGUCAAUCCGACUCGAUACACUCAAAUAAUCGGAGGCCCCCAGAAGGACGGUUUUUGGGUGGCCGGACGGUUAAUCAUCCGAGCCGCACGAACCGCUCGGCCGGUUUUUGGCACAUGACCCAUCUGCUUUAAAAUAAUGUUGGGUUUGAAGCCACUAUAUGCUCACAAGCAAAAAGGCUUCGGUGGCCGAUAACUAUCCUCCAUCGUCAUUGUCUCCACCAUCCUUCAAGAGUGACAGAGCCAGAUCAAGAGAUGAAACAAAGAGGGUGAUGGAGG